GAAGACCCUGCAGGUUCCUGUCUGGAGACGGCCAGGUGUGUCUGCAUGGGUGCUUUGAGGUCCAGGCCCCCACUGCAGACUUUGGGGUGUGAGUCCCUCACGGCGGUUUCUGGGGUUCGAGCACAGAGGAAGACUGGUGACAGGGGGCUUCAGUGGCUGCAGUGGCUGACCUCACCACCCCCCACCCGUCAUUAGCUCAGACCUCCAGCCUCUCCAGGCUCCGACCCCCUGAGCACCUGCUCCUCUGCUCCCUCCCCUUCAGGUGCAGCCCUUUCUCCUGACCCCAACUACCGAGCAGGAUGAAUUUCUCCCAGCACCAGGCUGGCCAGGGACAAGCCGCAAGCCGGCAGUCAAGGAGCCGGAGUCAAGGGAGCUCCCAGAAGACCCAGGCGCCCAAGAACUUGUACAGCCAGUAUGAGGAGAAGGUGCGCCCGUGCAUCGACCUCAUCGACUCCCUGCGGGCACUGGGCGUGGAGCAGGACAUGGCCCUACCCGCAAUCGCUGUCAUCGGGGACCAGAGUUCUGGAAAGAGCUCCGUUCUGGAGGCCCUGUCGGGGGUGGCCCUCCCCAGGGGCAGCGGAAUCGUGACCCGGUGCCCACUGGUGCUGAAGCUGAGGAAACUGACAGGGGGCUCGUGGAGCGGGAAGGUGACCUACCGGAACACCCAGCUGAAGCUGGAGCACCCCUCCCAGGUGGAGAAGGAGAUAUGCAGAGCCCAGGACCUCAUAGCUGGGAGAGGCGUGGGCAUCAGCCACGAGCUCAUCAGCGUGGACAUCAGCUCCCCCGAGGUGCCCGACCUGACGCUCAUUGACCUCCCAGGCAUCACGCGGGUCCCUGUGGGGGACCAGCCCCAAGACAUUGGCCUGAAGGUCAAGACUCUCAUCCAGAAGUACAUCCAGAGGCAGCAGACCAUCAACCUGGUGGUGGUCCCCUGCAACGUGGACAUUGCCACCACCGAGGCCCUGAGCAUGGCCCGGGAGGUGGACCCCGAGGGAGACAGGACCAUCGGAAUCCUCACCAAGCCCGACCUCGUGGACAAGGGCACAGAGAGCAGCAUCCUGAGGGUGGCACAGAAUUACACCUACCGCCUCAAGAAGGGAUACCUGAUGGUGCGCUGCCGCGGCCAGCAGGACAUCGCCAACCAGCUCAGCCUGGCUGAGGCCACCGAGAAGGAGACCAAGUUCUUCCAGGACCACCCGUACUUCAGGAUACUCCUGGACGAGGGCAAGGCCACCGUGUCGUGCCUGGCAGAGAGACUCACUUCUGAGCUCAUCCUGCACAUCAAUAAAAUGCUCCCGUUCUUGGAUGAGCAGAUUCAGGAGAACUACCAGAGGGCGACCGAGGAGCUCUGCCUUUACGGGGCCAACAUCCCCAGCAGCGACGCCGACAUGCUGCUCUUCCUCAUCGAGAAAAUCAGGGCGUUUAACCGGCACAUCGAGAGACUGGUGGAAGGGGAGGAGGUUCCGUCCGAGAAGGAGGCUCGGCUGUGCAAUCGCAUCCGGGAGAACUUCAAUAACUGGGGCAUGGUCAUCCUCCUCAACACGGACAAAGUUAAGAACAUCAUGCAUGAGGAAAUCUCCAAAUAUGAAAAUAAGUAUCGCGGCAAAGAGCUCAUAGGAUUUGUCAACUACAAGACAUUCGAGAUCAUCGUGCAGCAAUAUAUUGAGCACCUGCUCCACCCCGCCCUGGAAACGCUGCAGAAGGUUACGGAGAUGAUCCGUCAGACAUUUGUGGACACAGCCAAAAGUCACUUUGGUGAAUUUUUUAACCUGAAUCAAAUCGUCCAGAAGCUCAUCGAAGACAUAAAAGUAAAGCAAAUGGAAAUCGUGGAUGAUCAGAUCCGACUCCAGUUCAAAAUGGAGCGGCAGGUCUAUUGCCAAGACCACAUUUACGGCAGCAUCCUUGGCAAAGUCCGGGAAGAAACGUUUAACCCAAUGGGAAAGCUUCCAGUGAUGCAAUCAAAAGCCCCAAAUAACUCUUCUACAGUCUCCUCUGUAAAUGAGAUUGGGCUACACCUGAAUGCCUACUUCCUGGAAGCCAGCCAGCGCCUGGCCAACCAGAUUCCAUUGAUCAUCCGGUUCUUUAUGCUCCAAGAGUACGGGGAGUGUCUGCAGAAGUCCAUGAUGCAGAUCCUGCAGGACAAACAGAGCUAUUCCUGGCUGCUGCAGGAGCAGAACGAGACCAUGCUCAAGAGGAAAUUCCUCAAGGACAAGAUUUCCCGGCUGGACCAGGCGCGCCAAGCGCUCUGUAAAUUCUACCAUGCAUAAAGUGGGUGGGGGGCCAGGGUGGUAGGGAACCCUGAAGAAUGAGACUUGUGUGUGUGUGUGUGUUGUGUGUGUGAGGAGGGGUUCUUCUGUGUGUCACUGUCUGGGGAGGCACUACCAGAAAGGCAUCUGCCUUAGCCCUGGCACUAAGCUCCUCAUGGUACUGCCUGAACCCACACCCUGAGGAGUGGGUCUCCAGUCACUGGGCCCCGGGACCCCCAUUUCCCUGCUCCUGGUGCCUGUACCAACACCCCACUGGACGUCAGUCACUGUCAGGCUCCAACAGGCAUGGGGGCCCAUGAGGAAUGACAUCCCAGUACAGGAAGGAGUUAGGGGUCCCCUGGCUGGCCGCUCAGACGGCGAGAUCCACUUUCUGGCUGUUGUUUGCCGACUGUGCUGAGUUGCCGUGAUGAGGUGAAGUCCUGCAGAGGCAGUGCUGAGGGUUUACUCCUAGCAGGACUUGGGCGACCUGUGCAGUGCUGGGAUUGAACCAGGGUGCUGGGCCCCUCUGGGUCCCUGGUCUCACUCCCUGCUGUCCUCUCGGCUGGAAGACUGUCGUAUUCUGUUUUUAUAGCUUCACCCUGAAUUGCACUGACCUCUCGGGAGUUCCAGGACAGUUCAGGGAAACCGUUUCUGCAACUCCCCCAAACUCCAAGCAGGGGUUCACAAAUGCCAGAGUCACCCCCUCCCUUCAAAGGCAGCUUGAUUGUGGCUUAGCCCUGGCCCCUCACUUGGAAGCCUUUGCUCAGCCAGCGCCCCGUGCAGUUAGCGCCCCAUGGAGUUCAGUCAGCCAUCACACCUGGUAUCCGAGCAGAAUCCAGAGGCUGUUUCUCUGCAUGCGGAGGUCUAAUCUUUGCAGCACCAUUUGGUGGGAAAGGUCAUCCUUGCCCUGCAGGUCAACACGGCACUGCCCAAAAUCAUGGGAGUGUGGAGGGAAAGUUGGUUUCUGGUGCUGUGUGCUGGGUCACUGGCCCAUCCACCCACCUGUGCGACACAGUCACAGAACCAGAAAAGUGUGCGUCCUUCCUUUUCUUUUUUUUUUCCUUUUCACCCAUUUAUCCAGUUUUAUUUUUGGAGGGAGUUAGGUGAGUCCCUUGAGGUUCCAUGAGAAUUUGGGGGUGGGUGUUUCCCUCCCUGACAAACCUGCCCCCUUGGAUUGCGGUAGGAAGGGCCUCACUCUGAGGAGGACUUCACUAUUUCACUUGGCAAUAGUGAACCAUCUCGUUCAUGACCGUGGGGUCCCCUCCUAUUUAAUCAUGAUUUUUAGACAUAUCUUUAAGCAAUGUUUUAUUGUCUCAAUAAUGCAAAUCUUCCCCUUCCUUGGUUAAUUGCUGAGAAUUUUGUUCUUUUUAAUGCUAUUGUAAAUGGAACUAUUUUUCUUAAUUUUCCUUUUAGGUUGUUUACAGAACUGUAACUGAUUUUUAGGAAUUUAUUUUGUAUCUUGCAACUUUGUUGAACUUAUGAUCCUAACGAUUUUGCAAAAGCAGUCUUUGCAACUGUUACCCAUUGAGUCAUUGCUUCCUUCCCAACCUGAAUACCUUUUCCUUUUCUUGCCUAAGUGCUUAGACCAGCACUUCCAGUUUAUGCUGAACAGAAGCGAGAAACUAGGUUCCCUUGUCUAGUUUUACCUGUUACUUGUUUACCGGGAAAACCAGAUACCCCAAUCUUAAAGGAUUCUUGUGAUACCAAAGCUAAUGAUGUUGGGAAGAAAAGUGUCCAGCGAAACAUUGCUCUCUGUUUAGAAGCCAUUUACUUUUUCAUCCCCUCAUGUCUGAGUGGACUCGAAUGUGCAAAUGAUAGAACCAAAGGGAACCCACUGCUCCACGGUGCGCUUUCCCUUCUUCGUUGUGUCUUCAGAUUCUGGACUCUAUUGUGAGAACCGAGCCUGAGAAAAAUCUAAACCUGAUAUUGGGUGUUUGUUCCAUAAACUGUAUAUUCAAAGCACAUCACUGUCACUGUCACUGUCCUCCUGUUGUUCAUCAAUUUGCUCGAGUGGGCCCAGUAACAUUGUGAGACUUGUUACUGUGUUUGGCAUAUUGAAUAUGUCACGGGUAGCUUGCCAGGCUUAUUCAAAGCACAUUCAAUAAACAUUUUCUUUAUUAUCCCCUGGA